GGCGGCAAAUAACGUCAGCUAGCGCGAUGAAAGAAAAUGACUGUACUUUAUUGUACUUUAGUGUACUUUAUUUAUUCAACUACGGUAAACAGUGUUGGUACCAGGUUUAAGUAUCAAGUUAGUAGACUUUAAGUUGUUUAACUGUUUUGCGGGGUUGAAUACAAAUGUUGGGUUUGGAAGUUGACAGGAAACCUACGCGGUCCCUUUAAAACCUCAGCCCCUCCCUCUUCCGUGUUACACGUCAUCGCCAAUCCCAAACAAACAUGGCGACGCCCGUCCACCGCAUUGCUUACCCUGUUGCUUUAGCGCUCAUUCCGUUGGUGCUGGCGGUAUUUUAUGGCGCAGCUUGUGAUGUUUGGUGGCCGCUGGUGUCAGUGACGGUCGUCGGCCUUCCAGUUGUGCUCUGGCUCCGGCGGACGGACGAAGGAAUCGAGCGGCGGGUGUGCGUGCUGGUGCUGGGGGACAUCGGUCGCAGUCCUCGCAUGCAGUAUCACUCGUUGUCCCUCAGCCAACAUGGAUAUGACGUGACUGUUGUCGGCUUUUUAGACAGCAAACCUCAUGGAGAUGUGCUGAGAGACGACAGAAUUCACAUCGUCCCAGUGGCGGAGGUGAAGGGCAUCAGAGUGUUGAAAUGGUGUCCUUGCUCCUUCCUUCCAGGGGGACCAAAGAUCCUGACGUACGUCACCAAAGUCAUAGUCCAGUUUGUGCAGCUUUUCGUCGUGCUGCUCCUGCUGAAGCCGCAGGCGCACAUUCUAAUGCAGAAUCCUCCCGGUUUGCCCGGCAUAGCGGCGGCCUGGCUAGUGUGCGUGCUGCGAGGCAGUCGCUUCAUCAUCGACUGGCACAACUACGGCUACACCGUCAUGGCCCUCAGUCUCGGCCACACGCACCCACUGGUUCGCGUAGCAAAGUGGUACGAACACGUCUUUGGGCCGCUGGCGACUCACAACCUGUGUGUGACCAACGCCAUGAAGGACGACCUGUACCAGAACUGGGGCAUCAAGGCGACCACUCUCUACGACAGACCAGCCGCCAUUUUUCAAGAGACGCCGCUGAAGACGCAGCACAAGCUUUUUCAGAGGCUUUCACACACACAUCCUGUCUUCCGGCACAGCAGUGAGGAUGAUGACGAGGCGGUGGAGGCGACAGUCUUCUCCGUGCGGGACCCUGCCAAGGACACUGUGACCUUGAGGCCGGGCCGUCCCGCCCUGCUGGUGAGCAGCACCAGCUGGACAGGUGAGGUCUUUGUAUGCACAUUAGUGCGUGUUGACACUCCCACUCUCCACCAAGGAAGAUUGGGAUGUUUAUUUCCAUCACGUUGGUUUCCUUCCCCAGAAGAUGAAGACUUCUCCAUCCUCCUGCAGGCUCUGCAAGAAUAUGAAGCUUUGAUUCAAAGAGGAGCGUCUUUGCCGGCGCUCGUCUGCGUCAUCACUGGCAAAGGUCCUCAGAAGGAACACUACAUGAAGAUGAUUGACUCUCUGAGUUUGAGGCACGUGAAGAUAUGCACACCCUGGCUGGAGGCAGAAGACUACCCUGUGCUGUUAGGUUCGGCUGACUUGGGUGUUUGUCUCCACAAGUCAUCCAGCGGCCUGGACCUGCCCAUGAAGGUGGUGGACAUGUUCGGCUGCUGCCUGCCCGUCUGCGCCAUCCACUUCAGUUGCUUACAUGAGCUGGUGAAGCACGAAGAGAACGGGCUGAUCUUCAGAGACUGUCAGCAGCUGGCCGAGCAGCUGAGAUCUCUUCUCUUAGGGUUUCCCAACAGGGAAGGCAAACUCGCGGUCUUCAGGAGAAACCUUCGUGCCAGCAGAGGGCAGCGCUGGGAUGACAACUGGGACCAGAACGUCCUUCCGCUGAUGUCAUCUUCUUGACCAGACUGAUUCUUAGCUCUUAAUCAUGUUGAAUUGUUACUGAACAUUCAAAGUUUCUAUAGGAACAUUUGUAAAUAAAAUACAUUUUUAU